AUGAAUGAAAUGGAGAAUAAGGCUAGUCGUGGUUCCUUGCCUCCUGGAAUUAAUGAUGAUAUUACGUCUGAUAACGUAGUAAAUACUGUUACAUUAGACGAACCUUUAACAGUUAACGAACGAGUAUUUUUAUUUUUUCGUAUACAUUGGAAAGGCGUUCUGAGUUUAAUUGUUCCAUUAAUUUUAAUACCAAUACAUAUUUCAUUCCCUUCUGAAAAAUACCAGUGGUGUGCCUACACUUUAGUACUGAUGGCUAUAUUUUGGAUAACCGAGUGUAUUCCGUUGGCUGUAACAUCAUUUUUACCAAUAAUAAUAUUUCCCUUAACUGGUAUUAUGAGUACAACUGAAACGUGCAGUUGUUAUAUGAACGAUACAAUAAUGAUGUUUUUGGGCAGUAUGAUGCUGGCUUACGCCAUUGAACAAUCUGGUUUUCAUAUGAGGCUUGCCCUUCAUGUUAUCCGCGCUGUUGGCUACUCUCAUUACAGGUUAUUGUUUGCAAUGUGUUUCACUACAAUGUUUGUUUCGAUGUGGAUAACAAACACAGCAGCCACUACGAUGAUGGUUCCGAUCAAUUUCGCUCUUCUUCAAGUAUUCGAAGACCAAAAUAUACUUAAAAUAUACGACAUCGGAGCCGAUGGGGAAAAGGUAGCAUCGGAUAUAACGACUUGCUAUUUUUGUGCUGCUACGUUUUCAGCAACGAUAGGUGGCGUUGGAACGUUGGUGGGAACAGCUACUAAUUUAGUGUUUAAAGGACUAUUCUCUAGAAUGUACCCAGAAGCGCCCGAAUAUUUAUCAUUUCCAAAAUUUUCCGCUUUUGCGAUACCUUAUAUGCUGGUAAUGGAGAUCUUCCUGUAUUUAUACCUUCUCGUGGUAUAUCUAGGUUAUUUGAGGCCAAACAGUGAAGCCGCUAAAAAAGCUAGAAUGACACCAUCGGGAAUAGAAGCGGCUAAAAUAGCAGUUAAUGAUAAUUUGGAAAAACUUGGGCGCAUAACAUUUUGGGAAAUACUUGUCAUAAUUCUAUUUAUUAGUGCUAUUUUAUUGUUCUUUUGUCGUACCCCACAAAUAUUUACCGGUUGGGGUGACAUUAUACCAUUGUAUUUCGAUAUCGAGGACAAAAAAUUCGUGAACGAUUCAGCAGCGGCUUUGUUGAUUGGAUUCUUGAUGCUUUUGUUACCAUCUUCACUGAAAUUUUUUGAAAAUUUCAGUGCAAAAUAUUAUGGUGAUUUACCAAAUAAAAGAAUACCAUCAGUCCUUUUAUGGGAAAAAGUAAACGAAGUAAUGCCAUACAGUUUUAUGUUUCUAUUAGGCGGUGGAUUUGCUCUUUCGAAUGCUGCGAAAAAGGAUUACACUGAUUUAAAUGGAAAAAUUGGUACUAUGCUUAGAAAUUUAAAGGACUUGCCAAAUAGUUUAAUUAUAUUUUUAAUUAUUAUUUUCACCGUUUUCACUACGAAUUUUGCAUCAAAUGUCGCAGUUUGUAAUGUGAUUACUCCGAUUGUUAUGCAACUGGCGAAAGAAAUAAACCAAAACCCUUUGUGGUACAACGUAGCUGCAGGAUUUUCUUCUUCUUAUGCUCUAUGCCUGCCAGUCGGCACACCAGGAAAUCUAAUAGUUCAAAGCGCUGCUAAUAUUCCAACAUCUAAAAUGAUAAAAGCCGGUGUUGGACCAUCGGUGCUAACUAUCACAAUAACUUGGUUGAGUGUGUAUUGUUGGGCGCCAGUUAUUUGGCCAGAUUUGCUAACGUUACCCAAUUGGAUAGAAUGA